CGCGAGAGACGAUAACACACCGAUCACGGCCACUUAUCACCCAAAUAUCGCUCUUAUCACUAAAUAUUAUUUUAAUUACAUUUCUAAUCGGAGCUAAUUAAUCGUAGCUUUAACGGAACAUGCUUGCCGUUUCAGUUUCUUAUAAGUCACGUUAUGAAUGGAAACAUAAGAAUUUUAUUACUAUGUGUGUCUAUAGUCUGUGGACCGUUUGACAGUGAAGCUAGUGUUUAUAUUAAACCUGAAGUUGAGAAGUACGCGAGUGAGAGACCAGUGAACCUCUUUGGUGAUGACCUUCAGCAUAGACAAGUGGCCCCUACUUUGUAUCAAACUGUCAACAAGUAUUAUUGUUCCUUGGACUCCAUUUUGGAAGAUGAUUCAUCAUCAAAUGAGUUCCCUGGCUUUGAUCGAAAAGAAUCUUUUAGCAGUCAUCUAAUACUGUUUGGGACGAACGGCUGGGAGUUUCCCGUGCAAGAUGUGAACCUUACACUCAGAUACCCACCGAAUAAUAAUGUGGCGAACGAUUCCCUCGAGAACAAGAUGCAAGAUGAGAUAGUUUUACCAAACGAGGAUGAAGACUACCUCGUGACGGGUUUCAAAGUAAUCAUUUACAUAGACGGCGAAAGUAGCCAGGGAUAUAUUGUUGAUGGAGGCGUUUUACAGGAAUCAAUAACACUAUCUUUCGUGAGCAGUCGGGUAUCCACACUGAUGUACGAGUUCUGGCUGUACGGAGCCAGGAAGGAUACUCCUGGUGUUGCUGAAUUAAACUCCUCAUAUCGGCUGUGUUACUGAACCGUUUUAUUUACCAAUGAAAAUAUACCUACAUUGAUUUUUUUAUACAUGAA